CUGUGGGAAAGAUACUUGAUUAAUUUAAUUUUUAUUUGUCCAACCUGGCAACACCAGUUCUCCAGUUGGCAUGUGAAUACAACAGCAGCACACACACACUAGAACUCCGUUCAAACGCAACUCGUUUAAACUCUUCUCUGUAGUUUAGUGGCUUUUUUCAACAAACUGUUAGUUAAUUAGGUUAAAAAAAGAAAAAAAUAGAAAGAAUAUAAAAAACAAGUCCUUCACGUUUACCGUCAUUGUCGUGUUGUUAUGGUAACGACUCCGUCGCGUGUUGACACAAACAAACAGCUGGUGAAAGUCUGACUUAAUUAACCUGACAGUUUUCAUACCUACGGAAACCCCACAGCUGUCACUACAAUCAUGGCCCAUUACAGAGCCCCAGAAGCGAAACGAGAGCAGUUCAGAAGAUACUUGGAGAAAUCGGGAGUAUUGGACACUUUAACAAGUGUUCUCGUGGCACUUUAUGAGGAAACUGACAAACCCAACAAUGCACUAGACUUCAUAAAGCUUCACCUCGGUGCAGCUGGUCCAGAGCCAGCAGACUCUGAGACUCUUCGCUCGGAGAUGGCUGAUCUUCAGCAGAAGUGCAACCUGCUCAUGGAGGAGAACAAAGAGCUGAGGAACAAGCUGAUGCAGUAUGAACCGUCGCCUGCGGAGUAAAGAAGUGGAGUUUUGUCAAAUAUAUUUGUGUAAAUUAGAAAAACGUGAAACCGUAGCCGUUUUUGUUGAGUAUGUAAUGUUUUUUGUUACAGUCAUGGUCGUACAGUGAACACAAAGACUGUUAUUUUUUGUUUUGCAACAAGAAUAAUAAACAUUUUUUUCCCAGCA